AUGGCUCGAGCUGCGGUUAUUCCGGCAGUGUCGCCGCAGCGCGCAACGCGUACUGCGAAGCGAACUACUACUACGACGGCCAGCAGGGCUGGGGCGAAGCCUGCUGCGAGGACGACGAAAGCGAAGGCGCCCACUUCUGCUACGGAGGGACGAAAGAGGACCGCCCGGGCGAAUCUGUCGUCUCUGAGUAAAGCAGCUGGGAAUGAUACGGAUGAAGAUACUGACGAUGAGCUGGGAGUCAUGAAUACGACCGAGAAAUCCGCGACUACGAAAGUCAGAGGCAGGCCCGCUGGAUCGGCUACUGCCGCUACGGGUCGUGGUAGGAAACCUACUACCACGUCGUCUAUUAAGUCAGGGACUGUGGAUGAGGGGGAUGGUGCAGAUGGACAGAAGAAGCGGGCUGGAAGACCGAGGACGAAACCGGCGGCUGAGACUGAUUCCGCGACUGCUGCUCCGAAAGGGAGAGGUAGACCUAAGGGGUCGACGAAUGCGAAGUCAACCGCUGCUGUUGCUGAUGCUCAUAAGAAGGCCCGCACCCUAGCUGUUGAGGAUGCAGCGUCUCAACAAGGGCCGAAGGAGGUGACGAUAACGACUAAUUCGACGCUCGUGAGAUCGAAUCUCUUGCGCGGCCCCGCGAAGAAGAAGACGGUGACCUUUAAGGAUGUGUCGGACUCGGACGACUUCAGCGAACCAUCGCCUCCACCACCCGCAGGGAGAAGGCGCCCAGCUGAACGUCCAGCUGGCCUUGCGGCGAAGCCUGCUCGAAAGGGUACUCCGGGUAGAGGUCGCAAGACUGCGGCGACCAAAAAAGGUGCCUCCAAGCCUCUUUCUCCGAAGAAGGCAACUCAAGUCGCGAAGGGAAUUUCCUCGUACGCCAGCUCCGAUGGUGAGGAUGAUGAAUUAAGCAUCAGCAAGGACCAGAGCAAGCUACACAGCGACUCUCCCAACAAACACGGAUCAGAACAAACCGGACUUAGCUCCCCAGUGAAGCGAAUCAACUUCGCCUCCAACCAACCUCCCAAAACGGUCGACGAGAACGGACAGCCUACUUUCCAACCACCGAAGUCGGUCGAUUUUAGCGAUGCAGUUUUCAUGUCUAGCCCUGCUCGCCGACCUCCCCCUUCGCCAUUUAGCUACAGCAUCCGAGAGACUCCACGACGCGGUCUGGCUUUGCCCGAGGAUGCGAAGCCUAUUUCUCAGCCUAACUUCACCCCAACGGACAACUCGCCACUCAAGUCAUCGCCUAGGAAAGCAAACUUGGAGACACCGAGACGUGGUAAUCUCGGCUUUGAUGAUUUAAGGCCGCUUUCCCAGCCGAAUUUCACACCUGGGCAGAAUUCCCCGCUUAAGUCUUCACCUAAGAAGGGGCUUUUUGGAGCCUCAUUUUUGUCACAGCCAUCCCUGCAAGAAUCAUCAACUCCGUUAAAGCGGAGUUUGCUCCAGAGUCCUGCGAAGAAGGUUGCCUCUCCAUUCAAAAGUUCUUUGCUAUUCUCGCGAUCCCUAAUGACUGAGCAUGUGGAGCUUAAUUCCGACCGGGGAAAAGAGUUGGAGGCGGCCCCUUCCCCCAGGCCUGCUGAAACUUCUUACCAAAGAUAUGACUCGGAAGAGACUGUGGAAAUGCCGGAAGAGCCUGAGCACGUCACCGAAACCCCGGUCAGCCGACAUGAUGCCGAGACACCUGAACCUGAAGCUGAGCCUGAAUUUAUCCAGGAUUUCCACAAUGUAUCGUAUACUCCUCAGUCUACGAUGGAGGAUGAGACACAUGAACAACCCUUGGAACAGACGGACGAAGCCCCCGAAGAUGAUGUGGAAGUUUUGGACACAAACUACGAAGCCACAGCAAGUGAUCACGAAGAAGACAUGGAACAUAUCAGCGACAGCCCAGAAGAGCCUGAGGAUCUUGUUGACAUGGAUCGUGAAAGCACCGUUGAGAGCGAUGGUGUCGAUGGCCUCUACGAGCUCUUUGAAGGCCAAAACGAGAUUGUCGAAAAUAUCCUUAAGGAGGAUGAUCUCGAGCAGGACAACUUCGAGGAGCGGCCCGAAGCGUAUGUACCAGAGAUCCCCGAGGAUUACACGGUAUAUUUUGAGGUCGCAGAGCAGGAUGCCUAUGCGUCUGCUCAAUAUGUCCAGAGCAUAGUCAAUACUGAGAUCGAGGUUGAACACGAUGCUGCGGAGGAUGGAAUUUCGGUCGCCUCGGAUGCAGAGGAAAUAACCACCCUUGAAAAUCAACACGGUGAUGACACUGAGGAAGAAAACUACGAAUUUGAGGAUGAUUUACAAAACCACGAGCCCCAGGAACCGGUAGAGUUCUCAAGUCGCGAAAGUAUGCUUGAGAGGCUUGAAGACGUCUUCACUGAAGCUCCUGCCGGCACGCCUGAGUUGCCUGGCGAUGGAGAAACAGAGCAUCGUCCUGAAACUUCGGAAGUCAUGGCUGAUGAAAGCGUCGACCCUAGCUUGCAGUAUGACGAAGAAGAGGUCAAUAUGGUCGAUGAUUACGACUUCGACGAGGAAGAGCCUACGCUUGUGGCAUUUGAUACUCCCGGGCGAAGAUUGAGACAAACACCUCAGCGUACACCACGACGGACCCCACGACGUACAUCUAGAAGAAUGUCUGAACGGACCCCUAGACCAACAUCCUCACAGACUCCGAGACAAACGCCUGCGCAGGUGUUGAGAGAAACUCCAGAACAGGCGCCUGAACAACUUCCUGAACAGAUGCCCAGAGAAACACCUGAGCCAACCCCUCAACCACGCGCACUCACCCCUGAGGUAUAUGCUCCUUACGAAAUUGAAGAACCACCGACUCCCCAGGUUCCAAACUAUUUCUAUUUUGUUCCACAGUAUUUCGCCUCGUUCGCGCCUCCCCGUUUUCCCGAUGAAUACCGUGACACGGCAGUGGACACUGCAAGCUUUGAUGCCGCUGAUAAUACGACUGCGACGGAUCUUCCCAUCACAGACGCUCAGCCCUCUCCUCUGCCGCAGCGUCAUACUCCUGGUCCGGAGAAGGAAAAGCGCCAACGUCCUCGCUUCACGCUGUUAGCCGAACAACUCAGCGAGUGGAAGGCGAGUAGCCCUAAGAAGACUGAGCAGAGGCGCUCUGGACGCCGGGGCAUCUUCUCCCUUUCUGGCAAUCUGAGCGCCCCUAGCAAUGCCAAUAAUACCAAAGAAGAUGUGUCUUACCCUGAUCUCUCACCUAAGCCACAGUCCCCAGUCGCUGAGGAACUCCAGAAAAACGAAGAACCUGCAGCCACUGAGGACGAAGAUGACCAGGAGGAGCCAGAAAUGGGUCGCUGUGCUUUUGAGGAUCUGGAGAAGUCUCCCGGAUUACCUAUGUUCGAGAUAUUUAGCGACGAGGACCCUGUGGAAAAUCAGCAGACUGAUGCUUGUGAGGAUACGCAAGUUUCCAUUGUUUACGAGAGCCCACUGCGUCCAGCUGCCACGAUCCAAGAAACGUUGGAUGAUGAAAAAGAAAAUCACGCAGUUGAGCUUCCCGCGCCGGCCACGCCUGUGCGGGGCAAGACCAACCCCUUGCAAACAUUCCACACCGUGUCCAAGGUACCCCUGAAGCCGGAAGGGGAAGUGUCCCCGUUGAAGGUGUCCCGUAAGCGAGGUCGCUCUCUUUCCAUCACAUCACCAACGCGCUCCUCCCCUCGACUGCGCAAAUCGAUCCUCGCUCUCCAAGAGGACACUGAUUCCCUCCCCCCUCGCAAGGCACCAAGGUUAUCGUAUAGUGCAAUGCCACAAUUGCAACCUACUCGAUCGAGAAGCAGCUCUAGGGCUCGGGAUGCACCACAGGAGAGCGAACGGAAAAGGGCGCCUUCUCGUUCUCCCAGCCCUGCCAAGUCUCCUCGCAGGCGCAGCAGCAUCUUCCAGCCGACUCCCCCCGGAGCCUUGCAGGGAGCUAUUGUAUACGUGGACGUGCACACGACCGAAGGAGAGGAUGCUAGCGGCAUUUUUGUCGAGCUUUUGCAGCAGAUGGGUGCGCGAUGUGUUAAGAACUGGUCCUGGAAUCCCCGCGCGAGUGUGUCUCCGGAUGAACAGACAGAGACCAGGGAAGGCAAAGUCGGCAUCACUCAUGUCGUCUAUAAGGAUGGCGGUGUGCGAACUAUGGAAAAAGUUAGGCAAGCUGCGGGUCUGGUCAAGUGCGUCGGUGUUGGCUGGGUCUUGGACUGCGAAAGAGAAAACAAGUGGCUUGACGAGGCUCACUAUGCCGUCGACAGCUCAAUCAUCCCGCGUGGAGGAGCCAAGCGCAGAAAGAGCAUGGAGCCCCGCGCACUGAGCAAUGUCAACGGGACCCUUGUCAAAGUCGAUGCCGGUAGUCGACGUUCCGGGGUGGGCGCUGCCGAUUUCACGCGAACGACCACAUCCAGUGCGCGCGAUGCGCCUUCAACUCCCAAGAGGAGUAAGAGAUCCGAAGCUGGUCACCCAGGAAUCGACCCGAGAUAUUUCCAAACCCCCAAAACCCCUGCUUUCACCUUCAACAUGGACUCCGUUGGCAUGUCCCCUGCAACCCCCUUCUUCCUAUCUCAACGGUCGAAACUGGUCCAGCAGACCUGUCCUCCAAAGCAGCUCCGACAGGGACUUUUCUCCAACCCAGGCCCAAGCGAGGAGCAUUCACAGAAGCUGCGGGUGAAAUUAGAGGCCGCCAGACGGAAGAGUCUUGCUUUUAAACCCAAGAUCGGCAGCCCAUUGGUACCAUAA